AAUUUAACUUUUGUUAUUCUUCCUAAGAAACGUGUCAUUCCAUGAGAGAGAGAGAGAGAGAGAGAGAGAGAGAGAGAGAGAAUUCAAUAAUUAUUAAAACAUUUUCCUAUUAAAAAAAUUAUUUGACACAAAUAAAAUCCAGGGCAAAACACAUAUGUGCAUGUAUAUAGCACCUUAAAAGAUAUACACACUGUAACUGACUAACUUCAUACAAAGCUAUAACACCAGAUCAACUAAGAGAGGAGAGAGAGCAGGAGAGGGAGAUAGACAGAGAGAUACACAGAGAAACAGAACAAGAGAGAGAGAAAAAACACAGACGAAGAAAGGGAGAGACAGAGAGACAAUGAGAGAGAGACAGAGCGAGAGAGAGAGAGAGAGACAGAGACAAUGAGAGAGAGAGAGAGAGAUAGACAGAGAGAGAGAGAGAGAGAGAGACAGAGAGAUAGAGAGAAAGUUGUCCUGCAUGUCAUGACAGAGAUCGGGUUUGUUCUGUCCAGGACAGAGAUGCACUUUUUUCUAGUUCUCAUCCCCGGAUAAUUAUUCAGAUCAGAUCAGAUCUAAGUCUCGUUGCUCACGCACGUGCCCUCAGAGGUGCCAUUGCAGCCUUAACGGAGGGGCGCGCGCACUCCCCGCACUCUCCCGCGUCACGUCACAAUGAGAGCUGCUGAAGGCGCAGUCGCUCAGAGGCUCUCCGGGUUCCUGUAAGCUUCCUCCCGGGAUCACAGUGAGCACGAUGGAGAACUCCAGCAGUGAUCCCUCCACCGCGGCGCUUCUAAACCUCGCGGGGAAUGCCGUGAACGCGUCCAAGAUCCCGGACGCCGCCUUGGAGAGCUGGAGCGCGUCGGAGGAGCCGCUGGUACCCGCGCGCUUGGCCGUGGCGUUCUGGGACUCGCCGCUGAGCCACGGCAUGAACGUGUUCGUGGGCUUCAUCCUGUGCUUCACCAUGCUCGGGCUCGGCUGCACGGUGGAGAUCAGUCAGUUGGGCGAGCACGUGCGCAGGCCGGUCGGGGUGCUGCUCGCGGCCAUCUGCCAGUUCGCCAUCAUGCCGCUGGUGGCCUUCCUGCUGGCGCUCGCCUUCUCUCUGGACGACGUGGCCGCAGUGGCGGUGCUGCUGUGCGGCUGCUGCCCGGGGGGCAACCUGUCUAACCUCAUGACCCUGCUGAUCAACGGAGAGAUGAACCUCAGUGUUAUAAUGACCAUCUCGUCCACGGUGCUGGCGCUGCUGCUCAUGCCGCUGUGUUUGUGGCUGUACAGUCGCGCGUGGAUCGACACGCCGGUGGUGCAGCUGCUGCCGCUGGGCGCCAUCACUCUCACCGUCUGCAGCACACUCAUCCCCAUCGGACUCGGGGUCGCACUCAGGUCCCUGUACCCCCGCGCCGCUGACAUCGUGCUCAAGGUGUCUCUGUGGUUGAUGCUCAUCACACUGGUGCUGCUGUUCAUCAUGACAGGUGUCAUGCUGGGGCCUGAGCUGCUAGCAACCAUCCCUCCCGCGGUGUACGUAGUAGCCGUGCUCAUGCCGAUGGCGGGAUACGCAGCAGGCUAUGGGCUGGCCAUGUUCUUCUCUCUACCACCCAAUGGCUCCCGCACCGUAUCACUAGAGACGGGCUGCCAGAACGUCCAGCUCUGCACGGCCAUCCUGAAGCUGGCUUUCCCUCCACAGCUCAUGGGGGCAAUGUACAUGUUCCCGCUGCUCUACGCACUCUUCCAGGCAGCCGAGGCCGCCGUCAUCAUCCUGGUGUAUCGCGCAUACAGGAGCGAGGUGCUUCGCAAGCAGGACCUGACUGGAGAGGACGAUGAUGACACCAACAUCACAUACAAGAGAAUGAAGGAGGAGGAAGACGGGCCGUUUGACACAGCGUACGGUUCAGUUACCGUAAACAACCCCAACUCCAUUGAGCUGGAGACUCAGGGAGGGGCAGGAAGCCCAACGCCUCUGUAGAAGACACAAAAAAAAUGGGACAUCACUGUGAACAGAUGCUUGAACUGUGCAAUACAUUGUGACAUUCCAUGUUUUUAAUGCCAAUCACUCACUGCUGAAGUAUUAUAGCUGUAUUUUCAAUUCGAUUUCUCAUUACCCCAUCAUUGGUAAUAUAGCCUUUAAGAUCUCUGAAGCCUUUCUUUCAAAAAGAAACUCACUGCACUUUUAAGAAACUCCUCUAUUCAGAACAAGCUGCCAUGAGAACUAGAGAAAUAGAUAUACAGCUUAAACCUUAAUCUUGGGCUAAUUACGCAUAUAUCGACCAUGAUCAUUCUUCGCUGACAGUCUGUGCUUAGGCUUAGUUUGAGUGCCCCAAAUAACCCUUUCCUGGAAAUUCGUAUAUUCAUGUUCCUAAAUGCUCAUGAUGCCAUCUUAAUGGUACUUAUAAAUAUUAUAAAAUUUACAUAAUUCAGCUAUAGGACUAUUCAAAUAAAUGCCUUAUUCCGAAUCUCAGAAAUAAAGUUAUAGGUGAGGAAGAACCUCCAUAUGCACUUCUGUUAUUCAGUGUCAGUGUAUGUGCAGUGGGAUUGGUAAUAAGGUGUAUAAAGGAGUUUAUGAAGACUGUGCAGGACAACCACUACUUCUUUUGUUAAAAUACAGAACUGACCUGACUUUAUAUGUUUACAGCAAAUGAGAUGAGGGAGUCAGGAAAGUAUACUGUUAAUAAAAGCAUGAUAUUGCCCAGCUGUA